AAGUGGGGACUCCAUGCCAGAGAGCCUGGAGGCUUAGCUGCCACCACAGCCCUCUGUGUACUUAAGUCUUCCUGUCUGAACAGGGGUCAGAGUGUCUUUUCACUCCAGGUUGUGUGCGUCUGUCCUCUGCAAAGCCAUGUGGCUUUACCUGGCGGCCUUCCUGGGCCUGUUCUACCUUGUGCGCUGGUACCGGGAGAGACAGAUAGUGAGCCACCUCCCAGACAAGUAUGUGUUCAUCACAGGCUGUGACUCAGGUUUUGGGAAACUGCUGGCCAGACAGCUGGAUGCAAGAGGCUUGAAGGUACUGGCUGCAUGUCUGACAGAGAAGGGAGCCGAGGAGCUGAGGGACCAGACAUCAGACAGGCUGGAGACAGUGAUCCUGAACGUCACCAAGACAGAGAGCGUCGCUGCAGCCGCCCAGUGGGUGAAGGAACGCGUGGAAGACAGAGGACUCUGGGGCCUGGUGAAUAAUGCUGGCAUCUCUUUACCCACGGGCCCCAAUGAAUGGCUGACCAAAGAGGACUUUGUGACCAUCUUGGAUGUGAACCUGUUGGGGCUGAUCGAUGUGACUCUGAACCUGCUGCCCUUAGUGAGGAAGGCGAGAGGCCGCGUGGUCAACGUCUCCAGCAUCGCGGGCCGGGUGUCCUUUUUUGGUGGGGGCUACUGCAUCUCCAAGUAUGGCGUGGAGGCCUUCUCAGACUCCCUCAGGAGGGAACUCUCCUACUUUGGGGUGAAGGUUUCCAUGAUUGAGCCUGGUCACUUCAAGACUGCUGUGAACAGUAAGGAGAGAUUCUUGAAGAGCUUUCAGGAGUUGUGGGACCGUGCCAAGCCAGAGGUCAAGCAGGUCUAUGGCGAGAAGUUUCUGGAAUCCUACAUGAAGAAAACUGAAAAUCUUGAGCAAAAGUGCACAGAGGAUCUUUCCUUGGUGACAAACUGCAUGGAGCAUGCGCUGACCGCCCACCACCCCCGCACGCGCUAUUCCGCUGGCUGGGACGCCAAGCUUCUCUACCUCCCCAUGAGCUACUUGCCCUCCUUGCUGGUGGACGCCAUGGUCUACUGGGGCUCUCCAAGACCAGCCAAGGCCCUCUGA